AUGGGCAGCCUCAAGCUCCGGCGGCUCUGCUCCCGCUUGCGGGGGAACAGAGGGAGGUCUCCCGCCGGCGGCGGCAGCGCGGUGGUGCGCACGCUUGGGCGGACCUCAGCGGCGUCGCCCGGCGGUAGGCCGGACGCCGCUGCCCCCACGGCGCGGAUCGCGACGUUCAACGCCGCCAUGUUUUCCAUAGCACCGGCGGUGCCCCGGAGCUGGAAAUCCUCUGCGUCGUCGGACGCCGGCGAGGCGAGGGGCAAUCUCUCUCACGACAGGUGCCCGAAGAGCAUACUCAAGCAGCAGAGCUUCGGCAAAUCCAAGCACAGGGUCUCGAUCAACCUCCCACACAAUGAGAUCUCGCUGGUCCGCGAGAAGAAGCUGAAUUCCAGCGGCAGCGGCGGCGGCGGCGGCGGCGGCGGCGGCGGCGGCGUGUUGUUGAGGACCCACAGCGGGAAGGCUCCGAUGAGCUCAGCCCCGGGCUCCCCGGCCGCCGCCGGCGGCGGCGCCGGCGAUGGGGAUCAGGCAUUCCCCCGCAGUGAGCGGAGCAUCCUGGAGGUGCUGAGGGAGGUCGACGCCGACAUCCUGGCCCUGCAGAACGUGAAGGCAGAGGAGGAAAAUGGGAUGAGCCCACUGUCGGACUUGGCGGAGGGGCUCGGCAUGAGGUACGUCUUCGCCGAGAGCUGGGCUCCCCAGUACGGCAACGCCGUCCUCUCCCGGUGGCCGAUCAAGAGGUGGAAGGUUCAGAAGAUCUCCGACGACACGGAUUUCAGGUCUCCUUGCAAUCGCCCUGUGCUCGACGCCGGCCAGCCAUUAAUGGUCGGCAGCGUUGUGCUCACAGCCGCCUUUCUCGUCUUGGGUUGAUCGCAGGAACGUGCUCAAGGCCACCGUCGACGUCCCCCGGGUGGGAGAGGUCACUGUCCUCUGCACCCACCUCGACCACCUCAACGAGAGUUGGAGGAUGAAGCAGAUAAACUCCAUCCUGCGGUCCAGCGAGGGCCCCCACAUCCUCGCUGGCGGCCUGAACGCCCUCGACCAGAUGGACUACUCAGCGGAGAGGUGGAACGACAUCGUCAAGGCAAGCCGAGCAACUCACCUUGCUGUAGAAGACGAGCAGUGCCUAAUUCCUCCCUCCUUCCUGCUUGUAGUACUACGAGGAGAUCGGGAAGCCGGCGCCGAAGGUGGAGGUGAUUAAGUUCCUCAAGGAGAAGAGCUACGUGGAUGCCAAGGACUUCGCCGGAGAGUGCGAGGCCAUCGUGGUCCUGGCCAAGGGCCAAGGUAAGCCCGCCGCCUCCUCCCGCCCAUUCCGGCCUGUCGUCUCUUCCCGGCGGAGGGCUGAUUCCUCUUUCUUCCCCUGCUCGCAGACGUACAGGGAACCUGCAAGUAUGGCACCCGCGUGGACUACAUCCUGAGCUCCCCCAGUUCGCCGUUCGAAUUCCUGCCAGGAUCGUACUCCGUCUUCUCCUCCAAAGGCACCUCGGACCACCACAUCGUCAAGGUCGACAUCAGGAAGAGCAUCUCCUUUGAAGAUCAAGGUCGCCGGCACAGAGGAUCCCGGCAGAAGGUCGUCAAGAUGGACGGCAAGUCUCCAUCCAGAGGGAUUUGGGCUGUUGAUCGAUGA